AUGCUACCCUCUGCGUGCUAUACAAACGCCUCAGCCCUUCAGGAUAAUGAACAACUGGUCAACACUUUGUUGGCCUGUCCCGAGUAUCUACGAGGCACGAAUCCCUUGGCAGGCGUUACCGUCGGAGAUGGCUUGGCCUGCAACGGCUUUCCGGCCGCGUUCUACUACCAGGGCAUGGACAACAUUCUGGCGCUGCACAACAAUAUCUGGACGCUGCCCAUCUCAUUUUUGCACAGCAAUCAUCGACCCGAGAAACCGCCCUUUUCAUAUAUUGCGCUGAUCGCGAUGGCCAUCAGCAGCGCCCCCAACCAGAGAUUGACACUCAGCGGCAUCUACAAGUUUAUCAUGGAUAAAUUUCCCUACUAUCGUGAGAACAAGCAGGGCUGGCAGAACUCCAUCCGGCACAAUCUGUCGCUGAACGAUUGCUUCGUUAAGGUGCCGCGGGAUAAGAACACAAUCGACGACAAUGACAGCGCCGGCAAGGGCAGCUAUUGGAUGCUGGAUGCCUCCGCCACGGACAUGUUCGAGCAGGGCAACUACCGACGGCGCCGCACACGGAGAAGACACUGCACCAGCACCAGCCGCUACGAACGGGACGCCGGCAAGGAUUCCAAUGCAAGCAACGACGGCAGCACCAUGGGCGAGAUCAGAUCCCCCGGCGACUCGCUAGCUGAUUUUGAUAUAUUCUGCGGCGAGGCUAAUCCGGCUGCACUGAGACCCAAUUAUUCGGAUCGCAUCACGGAGCUGCAUCGCCAGUAUCUAUCGGUGUCUUUCGGGUUCAACAAUCUCUUUAACAACGAAACUCGGAAAGAGCCCAUUUCUCCGCGCAGCCCGUGCUCAAGCAGAACCAAUCAGAGCGCCGCAGACCAUGUCCCGAGUGAAGAUCCACAUUCCCCGAGCGCCUUCACACCUCCAUCGAACGACGAGGCAUUUAAAGGCUUGCAGGAACUGCUGGGCGAUGACACGCCCACGUCGAACUCGGCGGCCGGCAACAGGUCAAAGACUACGACGCUCUUUACAAUUGAGAACAUAAUUGGCAAGCCGUAG